UAAAAACAGUAUACAAUGGAUUUGAAAUCGUUAAAUAGAUCUUCUAAGAUCAUUGUUUUGCAUUCUAUAUCAAUUCUUGUUUUAGCUCAACAAGUAAUAAAGAGAAAUCUACUUGUCAUAUAGUUAUGGACAGAAGUUGCAAUCUUCUCUUUCUCUAGCAGUUUUCAUUCUGCUUCAUCACAAUAUCUCACUUGCUAAUGUUCCUAAUAUUAGCACUGAUGAAGUUGCUCUUCUUGCACUGAAAUCACACAUUUCUUCUCCUCAUAACAUCUUACAAAGCAACUGGUCCUCUUCCAGCCCAAUAUGCAGCUGGAUCGGAAUCACUUGCGGCUCCCGCCACAAUCGAGUCACUGCUUUAAACAUUUCUAGCAUGCAACUUCAUGGUACCAUUCCUCCACACCUUGGGAACCUCUCAUUUCUCGUCUCCCUCGACAUCAGUGACAACAUUUUUCACGGGGGUUUCCUAGAAGAGUUGGCUCAUUUGCAGAGGUUGAAAUUGAUUAAUGUCACAAGCAAUAACUUCACCGGACCCAUUCCAUCAUUUUUAAGUUUGUUACCUAACCUUCAAUACAUGUACCUUUCGAUGAAUCAAUUUUGGGGGGAAAUUCCAUCUUCCCUUUCCAAUCUAACAAAGCUGGAAGUGUUGAGAAUAAAUAGAAAUUUUCUCGAAGGAGAGAUCCGUCGGGAAAUCGGUGAUCUUCGUUACUUGACUUUCCUAGACCUGCAAUAUAAUCAGCUUACUGGCUCUAUACCAACAUCAAUCUUCAACAUUACAACGAUGCAAAACAUUGCUCUUACCUAUAACAAUCUUACUGGAGAGAUACCAGUGGAGCUACGUAAUCUUAAGAAACUACAGGUGCUGUCUUUAGCCAAGAAUGAGUUUACUGGUUCUGUCCCUGCAAGCAUUUUCAACAUGUCAACACUGAAGAUCCUAGAUCUUGGGACAAACAAGCUUUCAGGUACUCUUCCUUUAGAUUUAGGUCGUGGAAUGCCCAUCCUAGAAGAACUUUAUUGUGGAGGAAACAACCUGAGUGGUUUUAUCUCUACUUCAAUCUCAAAUUCUUCAAGACUCAGAAUACUUGAUCUCUCAUACAACAGUUUCACAGGUCCAAUUCCUGAAUCACUUGGUAAUUUAGAAUACCUUGAGAUUCUAAACUUGAAGGGGAAUAAUCUUUUCAGUGAUUCAACAUUGAGCUUCCCUACAUCAUUAACAAAUUGUAGGAAACUAAGAGUACUCUCGGUUGCUGAUAAUCCGUUGGAUGGUGUUUUGUCCGCAUCUAUAGGGAAUUUCUCCAACUCUCUAAAUUUGUUUAAAGGAGAUGGUUGUAAACUUAAGGGCGUCAUUCCUCGAGAAAUUGGUAAUCUUACUGGAGUGAUACAUAUGAGUUUGUUUAACAAUGAGUUUACUGGUCAUAUUCCAAAUACUCUCCAAGGCAUGUUGAACCUUCAAGAAUUUUACCUACAAAGAAACAAGAUAGAAGGAACCAUACCAGAUGUUAUAUGCAGUUUAAAGAAUCUUGGUGCAAUAGACUUGUCAGAAAAUCAGUUUUUAGGUUCCGUGCCACCAUGCUUAGGAGAAGUUACUAGUUUGAGGUAUCUUAAUCUAGCUUACAACAUGCUGAAUUCAAGAUUACCUGCAAGCUUGGGGAGCCUUCAAGAUCUUCUAGUAUUCAACGUUUCAUCCAAUUUAUUAAGUGGGAAAAUUCCACUUGAAAUUGGAAAUUUAAAGGCUGCAGCAGUCAUUGAUUUGUCAAAAAAUGAAUUUUCUGGUAAGAUUCCUAGCACUCUAGGGGGUCUAGACAACUUGAUUAAUCUUUCUCUGGCACAUAAUAGAUUAGAUGGGCCUAUUCCAAAUUCGUUUGGCAAAAUGUUGGCGUUGGAAUUCUUGGAUCUUUGCUAUAACAAUCUUAGCGGUGAAAUUCCAAAAUCUUUAGAAGCUCUUGUGUAUCUCAAAUACCUAAACUUCUCAUUCAAUAAACUUAGUGGAGAGAUUCCCGGUGGUGGUUAUUUUGCAAAUACUACGGGUCAAUCUUUCUUGUCCAAUGAUGCACUUUGUGGUGACUCCCGGUUUAACGUGAAACCAUGUGUCAUCCAAUCUUCCAAGAGGAAAAAGGCAUUCUUUGUUUUGUACAUCAUUUUGACAGUGGGUCUGUCAUUUCUUGUAUUAGCCGUCGCGUAUGUAGUUUUAAGUUUGCUAAGGACAAAGAAGAAUAUAGGUCAAGCAGAUGUGUCUUUGGUAAAAGGACAUGAAAGAAUUUCCUAUUAUGAACUUGAACAUGCAACAGAAGGAUUCAACGAAAGCAACUUGCUUGGUAAUGGGAGUUUCAAAGAUGGUCUACAAGGGGAUAUUUAAAGAUGGUACCCUUUUCGCAGCAAAGGUCUUCAAUAUCCAAUUGGAGGGUGCAUUCAAAAGUUUUGACGCAGAAUGUGAGAUACUACGGAACCUUCGCCACAGAAAUCUGAUCAAAGUCAUAACGAGCUGUUCCAACUUUGAU